AUGUUCGACGGUGCUUCAAAUGCUUUGGGAAACGGUGUAGGAGCUGUCAUUACUUCUCCCACGGGUUUUCAUAUUCCUUUCACUGCCAGAAUCUGUUUCGAAUGCAUAAAUAGCAUGGUUGAAUAUGAAGCUUGCAUCUAUGGGACUGAAGAUGUUAUGGAUUUGAGGAUCAAGUAUCUAGAAGUAUAUGGAGACUCUACUCUGGUCAUCAGCCAAAUCAACAAAGAUUGGGAGACCCAUCACCCAAAUAUGAUCCCAUACCGAGAGCACAUGAUGAAAUUGAUUCCAUACUUUGAGGAGAUCACAUUUGAUCAUAUUCCAAGAGAAGAGAAUCAUUUAGCAGAUGCACUGGCCACUCUGGCAUCCAUGUUCAAAGUUAAAUGGGAGAAUAAGGCACCCUCCAUCAGCAUUAUGAGGUUGGAUGAGCCAGCUUUUUGUUACACUAAUGAUGAAGUGCAGGAUAAUAAACCCUGGUUUAAUGAUAUCAAAAGAUACCUUGAGAAAUAG